AUGAUUGACUUCACUAAGUCGUUAAACUCGACCACGGACGAGAUCGCUGCUUUUCGGCAGGAAGUAGCCGACAUAAAAAGUCAAAUGAAGGAAAUGGACAGAUGCAAAGCUGAAGUUAUCGAACUACGCGCCGAAGUGACUGAACUGCGUCAGGUUAUAGCCGCAAAGGAACAACGAACCUUUCUUAAAGACGUGGAGAUCACUGGAAUUACAGAAAAUAGUACAGAAAACCUGCAACAACUUGUAAGCGUGGUGUCCGCUAGCCUUGGUGUCGAAUUGGACCCCCGUGACAUCGACGACAUCAGGCGUAUAGGACCCCGAGGUGGUGCAAGUGCGUCAGACCGCCCCAGACCCAUUGUAGUCUCGAUGACGCGCCGCGCGCCGCGAGACCAGCUGCUGCGCGCGGCCCGCGUCCGGCGGGGCCUCACUACCGACAAGCUGAACCUUCAGGGCACCCCGCGCCGUGUUUUUCUGAAUGAACAUCUGACGAAAGAAAAUAGAAUACUCUUCAGUAAGGCUAGAAAGCUGGGCAAUGAACUACGUUUUAAAUUUGUCUGGACGUCAAACGGCAAUAUCUUCAUGCGUCGCACCGAGACAAGCUCUGUUCUCCACGUUAAAUCUUUAGCAGUCCUGGAGAAACUAGAGGUCCAGAACAGACCCUCUUUAGCCCCUAUGGAGCCUCUAAACUGUUCCUAA